AUGGCUUUCGACGCCUCAAAUUACUGCAAGAUAUGUGCCAGCGUGCUGGACUACUCACAGGCGAAUAGAAAGCAUUGUCAAAUGUGCGGCUGGGAUGUAAUGAUAGGAGAAAAAGAAUCGCUCUCAUCCGCGAUCACAAUCACCAAGGAAGCUGCGGUACUGAUUUCCGUUUUAAGUAGAACUGUCUUUAGAUGAGCAAGAACUGGUCCAGCUCCCUAUUGAUAGAUUCAGCAUUUAGAAGUCCCACCGAGAGGAGCACAGAACUCGAUGAAGCGUUUGAAAUUAUCACAAAAACCAAAAUCAAACAGGUGAAGAGGUGGCAGAAAGAAAACGCGUUCACGGUACCAAGCGGCGCAGAAAACUACGCGGAGAUGAUACAAGACUGCCCCAAGUGCGGCAACGACAGAUUGAUGUUCUGGACCAGGCAAACUCGAUCCGCAGACGAAGGCCAGACGUGUUACUACCAAUGCGCAAAAUGCGACUAUCGAAAAGCGGAAAAUUCAUAAGGCGAGGAUCUUGAAUACUAUACCCUGUGGUCGUAGUAAAAACGCAUAAGCACGUCUAUUCAACGAACAAGAAACGCAUUGCAGGCAU